GCUUGGAAAAACAACAUGGCGGCGCUCAGCGUAGAAAAAGGUCCGCUCUUCAAAGUCAUUUUACUUGGAGAAGCUGGGGUAGGAAAGACCUCGAUAUUUUACCGUGCAAAAGAAAACUCGUUUCUCCAACACAGGAAAAACACCAUGGGAAUUGACAGCUUUUCUAUGUACAUCAAGGUUGGCGAUCAACAGGUUACUGUAAGUGAAGUUUCCGUUUGAACUGCAAUUCAAUAAUUAUUAAAAUAAGCUUAUAAGCUUAUCUUUUUAUAGUUGCAUCAGGAACAUGUGAUGUCUUAGUUAUGUAAAUAUAUUCCUUUUUUGUACAAUAUUUUAUUUUCGACGCUGGAUGAUAUAAAAAAUAAACCAUCAACAAAAGCGAACAUAGCUAAUUGCUAGCGAGCAAUUACCCUAUGGGGUCGUGAGUCGACGGAGCGUAUUACGUAGUUUCCCAUAUUUCAUGAAUUAGGACGUUAAAUUAACAUUUUUUUUUCAAUCCUAUCCCACACCCCACAGCGUAAGCCGUCUAUUAGAUCCAACAAUGUCAAGUAAUGAUGAUUGAAAUAUAAUGAAAAAGACAAAGACUAAAGCAAUUACUUAACAUAUUGCUGAAGAGGGUCCAUCUGGCAUGAAUGAUUACACCCUUCUAGCAUUACUCUCUAUUCCCAGUGCUACAUUACAAGAGAGAAAGAAUCUUUUAUCUCUCUCUAUUGUAGAGUCUGAUCAAGAAACCAAUGCCUGAAGUGUAUACCUUAUUAUAGGAAAUUAACUCUUCAUGAAAUUAAUGCGAAUUUCAAAAAUUUGCGUUAAUUUUAGUCACAUCAAGAUCUGUAAAUGUUAAUUUCCACAGCGUUAGUUGAGUGUAGCAUUAAUUUCCACGACCUUAAUUUCCACGCUUUUACCCCAAAUUCUCAAUACAUUUCUGAUGUUCUUGACACCUAAGAAAAAGGAGUAUUAUGUCAGGGUGGAGAUCCGCCAGCAGCAGUUAAACUGUGAAGAACUUGAAGUGGCCAGAUUUGUUUGCUUAACGUUUAAGUUAAGAACCACGAACAAAGUUUCCAUUUUGGAUGAUACGAUUAACUUUGUUCCUGUUGUCUCAACAGGUUUUGUUUCUUUGUAAUCAUUGCGUUAAUUUCCUUACUUUUGAAAUGUUACCCCCCGGUACCCUCUCUUUUGCAUUAAUUUCCUUUAUUCGAAAAUCAUUUUUUACUAAAUUCAUGUUAAUUUAAGGCGCGUUAAUUUCUAAUACCUUAAUUCUGUGGAGAGUUAAUUUCCUAUCGUAAGGUAUAUAGGGUUUGAUCCACUUAUUGGUUGUCCACUGGGAACUAGUGCCUGGGUACAGUAUCAGUAUAAAAUGGUGUUGUGUUCACACCUUGAGUAUCCAACAUGUAACUGUGUGCACACUUACUUUAUUUUGCCCUGUCAGACACUAUUUUGAAUCAUGAACUUAGCAGCGAGUACAAAGCAGUGGACAAUCCCAGAACUAACAAAAACAGUUUGCUCACAGGAACGCGGUGCCCACUCUUGAGCCUUUUUGUACAGGUCACCUGCACCGUGCCUGAAUUCUAGCAUGGGUACUUGAAAAAGAGGUGUGUUCAUAUUGGCGCCCAGCAAGUACCAUACUCGGACACCGUGCUAGGGCACCAAGUGUGAAUACUGCCUUAAGCACAAGUUACAGCAAAAUUCAUUGUAUUGCGCUGUGCAUUUUGGAAAAUUCAAAGGAAUUUUGGUUUUUUCGGUUCCUUCAGUCAUCUUACAAGACCUCUUAGGAAACACAUGUUUACUUCCACGAGUUCAAAAGGUCCUGGUUUGUGAUUCGUGAUUGGCGGAUUUUCCAUUUGUUUUGUUUGUGUCAUGUUUCAAGUUUCAUUGCUUUGUGAUCAUCCUGUUUCAGGCAAUACUCUGCUAUUUAAGUUUGCUUUGCAGAUUUUUCUGAUCUUUCUUAUUCUUGUCACUUCCAAGAAUAAAGCAACAUCUGCCUCCUUCCUUCAACAAAAAAUCCGCUUACCAUUGCGAUUUCCUUUGCUAUUCUUGAGCAGUCUGGAGUCAUUCUCAGCCAAGCUGUGCAAGCACGUUACAUUGUGAUUUGCAUUAAACCCACCUUUACUCAAAUAAUUGAAGGAACAGAAAAAACGAAAACAAUAUUACAAUACGGGCAGCACGAUACAACGAAUUUCACUAUAAUAGAACCAGUUUAUACAGGAAAUUAUAACUGGAUGAUGUUCAAGUGAAUCCAGUAUCCUGACUGACUACCGAAGAGGGCAUAUAAUAAAAUAGUUUCUUGAACAAAUUUGUCCUCCUAAGAUGGCUGAAUAUUGGUCUCAAUCUUUUCCUUUUUUAUUUUUCAUAAGGAACACAACUUCAAAUUGGUCCAAAAAAAGCACUUGGCCAUUAUUCAGCCUUUUUGGUCCUCACACAUGAUCAGUAACACAUACAGAAACCAUCUGACAGUUUGCUGAAAAGGUUUAUUAUUAUGCAUGAUCCCACCAUAAAAGGUUCUGAUCAAUAAUAUUCUAAAAGUAGAGCUAUAUAAUGUAGUGUACCCAUAAUUUGACCCUGGGAGUGAUAAUAUCAUGUCGCAAUGUCUAUGAGCUUGAGAUAGGCAAUUAAAUUAGUGGGGGAGGGGGAGAGAGGUGAAUGUGAAUCAUACACUGUACAUCCAGAUGUGGUUCUGUUGUGGUUCUUAGCAUUGCAUCCCUGCAUUUCAGGCUUUUAAGGUCAAGCCAAGUUAAGCAUACCCACCAAGAUUCUAUGAAUGAAUAGCCCAUUUUACAGUUACAGGUGGAAAUGAGGCUGGAAUUGACCUUGCUUUGAUAUAACCCUUCCUGCUUUAUAUUUAUUUUUAUGUAAAUCAUGUUUUUGUUAUGCUAACUUGUAUUUUUUAAGCACAUUUUACAUUGGAAAAGGAAGGAGGUUUGUAUCAAAACAAGGUCAAACUCAGCUUCACAUUCACACAAAGGCUGGGACACUAAGCCCACAACUGUAAAAUGGCCUAUUGAUUAUCUGAAAAAAUAAUCUCUCAGCUGUAGUAGUUGUAGAUCUCAGCCUCAUCUCUGCAUUCUUGCAUGCAUGAGUAGCAGUGAGUUCAUACACGUAGUAAUGAGAUUUCUGCCAGCUCGGUUUCCUAAAUUUUGGUACAAAUGUCUUCAUAAUGGUUUUAUGACUUUUAUCCAGUUAAAAAUUCUUUAAUCUGACCAAAUACUGAUAAGUUGUAGGGAAACGUUCACUGCUCAUUAGGCAUGCAGGAAUGCAGAUUUGAACUUGACACUAGGUAGGGGAAGGACUAACACAUUUUUUUUUCAAAUAAUCAAUUAUCAUGUUUUGCCUGGCUAGGCUAUAACGUUUUUUUUCUUUUUGUAGCUUGGUGUCUGGGACACAGCAGGAGUGGAAAGAUUUCGCACAAUUACAAAUAACUACUACCGUGGGUCACAUGCUGCUAUAUUUGUUUACAGCAUGGAUGACCCUUCAUCAUUACACUAUUUAGCACACUGGCUUCGUGAUCUCAACGAGUAUUCUCCUGAAGCCAUGAAAAUUCUUGUUGGAAACAAAAAAGACCUGGAAUGCGAGAUAUCCAAAGAAACCAUUGAAUUAUUUAGAACUGCAAAUGAGUGCCACCUAAGUGUUCUUACAUCAGCCAAGACAGGGGAAGGAAUUCAAGAUAUGUUCGACAGUGUUGCACAGAUGCUGGUUGGACAAGGCCAGAAUAAACUUUCUUCAACUUCUACUGUGAGUCUUGAUUCUCCUCAUCCGAGGAGUGGAUGUUGUUCUUGAUGUUAGUAAUACGCAGUGUUGAUUAAGAUGUUACGGUCAAGCCAGCGUAUUUUGAAUUAAUUAAAUGAUCACCUAUGGCCUACCCUGAGAAAACAGAUGAGAUUUCGUGAUACCACCAGUGGUUUUCCCACGAAAUAACAUUUGAGCAAUG